UAGCAAUCUAAGAUUGUAAAAAGUAUUGCUUGGUUUGUUUUUAUCGACAUAUAUAAUUAGCAAAAAUAAUAUUCGCUGGUUUGUCUCUAUUUACACAUUGUAAGUAUACGCAAAAUAUGUGAUGUGCUCUUAACAUGAACCCGUCUACUUAUCAAAUAAUUACUUUCACAUCGAAACACCAAUUAUCUGCGUUUGAUGGUGACAACUAAACUUUUAAUGGAAUCUAUGGACAUUUUUAUGUCAAGCAUCCAGAGAUACAGGAAACUCCAAUCGCAAACAUUUCUCUUCACAUGAAACUAGUUAUGGUGUGUAUAAAUAAGUGUGUAGGAAUGGGAGUUUCAAGAAGAGAAUUUCCUUUGUUUAACAGUCUCUUUCUUUACUGUAAUUCUACCCUGUUAUUUCGAUUAUUUCAAAUCCAAUAAUUUUCUCAUCUUGUUAAAUUCUUCGUUAUAUGUUGCAGUUGGGUCUUUAAAACUUCUACUUAAAGCUCAACUAAUCCAGUAUCAGUAAUCAGAGCAUAGUAGUAAUUAUUGAAGCAGUCCUAAUGUGUUGUUAGUUACAAUGGAAUUUUACUUCAUGUCGGUUUCAAAACAGUUUCUAUCCUCUGAAUUGAUUCUGAUAAUACUUUUUGUUAAUCAAGAUUAACUUGUAACUUGUUCAAGUGAUUUUCCUGUGAUGAACACAUAUUUCAACCUUUUACUGGACUAUCCUUACCAAAAAACUGAAUAUUUGAACUACGAAGUAUUUACGUAAACAACCACAUUUUGCCAAAUCGUUAUUUUAAGUAACGGAUAUUCCCGUAUCGACACUACUGUACAACAAAAGCAAAAAUUCUCUAACGCGUUUUGAAUUUAAUGUGACAACUCUGUUUAUAAUAAUUGUAAUCUGAUGGUAAUAUUGUGGCAAACCGCACAGGAUGAAAAUGUGUCAAAAGGGACUAACCAAUUUCAGUCCUAAACAUUUAUGAGAAGAUUCAAACAACCAAUACAAAUAAAUUUUAGUUUAUUCUUUGGAAGAUAAUAAUCCACAACGACAGCUAACCAUAUUGUAGCAUUUUAGAAACACUAAGACUUCCAAAUAUCCUUGCAAGUGUUACACUAAUAAUGAUCAGCGAGAAAUAUUACUUAUCAAAAUUUUGGACAGAAACACGUCUUUCUUAACUUCGUUAUUUAAAAACAGACGUCUAAAAUAAACUUCAAUUAGAGAUAUCUUUACAUUUUAUAGAAACUUGAAAAAAAGGUAUUCAAUUGUAAAAUCCUUCAGGUUUUGUAUUUCAACAUCUUUGAACACCAAAUACAUUUAGGUAUGUAUGUGUUAUUCUGUUGGCUCUUUAUUAGUAAGAUUGGGCUCAUCACUAUCCAACAGCAGAUGGAGAACAAUCUGAAAACAGAAGGUUUUAUUCGCUGUUUAUAUAAUGUUAGUCAAUGAUUGAAUUUACAUUACGUGAGCAAAAUUUCCUCUAACUAUAUAAUGAAUACCUUAUGCACAUUUAAGGAGUUCAUGGUACACUUCGAUGUAAACAGUGAUGACAAAAUAACAAAAACAGAAUUCCUUGAAGCUGCGAAACAAAUUAAAAUUGGGAAAAUAACUGAUGCAGAAAUGCGUUCAGCAUUUAGAAGUGCUGAUAAAAAUAAAUCUGGUAAACUCGAUGCUUAUGAGUUGAGGGAUUUUUUGAAAAAACAGAAAAAUGUCGUUUCCAUGGAUCUCUGUACCAAGUGGAUAAGACAGAAUGAUAAAAACGGAGACCAAAAAUUGGAUUAUGAAGAAUUUUUGAAGUUUGUUCAAUCCAUGUUAUGAAAAGAGGACAUUGGCUUCAUUUGCUCACCUUUACAAUACUAAAAACUAAUAUAAGACUAAAUACUUAAAAGUAGCCAUUUGUGUAUUUUUUAAAUAAACGUAUGAAUAAAUUAUGAAAGUUAUCUGGGGAGAAUAAUACUUACAGUUGUGCAAAUAACCAGUAUCAUUUUAAUUGUUCUCUUAAAAUUUACGUUUAUAAUGUAUGAGUUUCUAUUACAAUUAAUG